AUGGCUGACGGCACCUUGCCACCCUCAUCUGCAGCAGCCCCGGCCCCUGAGCCAGGAAUCACUGAGCAGCCAGGGCCCCGGAGUCCCCCUCCGUCCCCUCCUGGCCUGGAGGAGCCACUGGAUGGAACCAACCCUGACGUCCCACACCCAGACCUGGCACCUGUUGCCUUCUUCUGCCUGCGCCAGACCACGAGCCCCCGGAACUGGUGCAUCAAGAUGGUAUGUAACCCAUGGUUCGAGUGUGUGAGCAUGCUGGUCAUCCUGCUGAACUGUGUGACCCUGGGCAUGUACCAGCCAUGCGACGACAUGGAGUGCUUGUCAGACCGCUGCAAGAUCCUGCAGGUCUUUGACGACUUCAUCUUCAUCUUCUUCGCUAUGGAGAUGGUGCUUAAGAUGGUGGCCCUGGGCAUUUUUGGCAAGAAGUGCUACCUCGGGGACACGUGGAACCGCCUGGAUUUCUUCAUCGUCAUGGCAGGGAUGGUCGAAUACUCUCUGGACCUUCAGAACAUCAACCUGUCAGCUAUCCGCACUGUGCGUGUCCUGAGGCCCCUCAAAGCCAUCAACCGUGUACCCAGCAUGCGGAUCCUGGUGAACCUCCUGCUCGACACGCUGCCCAUGCUGGGAAAUGUGCUCCUGCUCUGUUUCUUCGUCUUCUUCAUCUUCGGCAUCAUUGGCGUGCAGCUGUGGGCAGGCUUGCUGCGGAACCGCUGCUUCCUGGAGGAGAACUUCACCAUACAAGGGGAUGUGGCCCUACCCCCUUAUUACCAGCCCGAGGAGGAUGACGAGAUGCCCUUUAUCUGCUCCCUGUCGGGGGACAACGGCAUCAUGGGCUGUCACGAGAUUCCCCCACUGAAGGAGCAGGGCCGAGAAUGCUGCCUGUCCAAAGAUGAUGUGUAUGACUUUGGGGCGGGGCGCCAAGACCUGAACGCCAGCGGCCUCUGCGUCAACUGGAACCGCUACUACAACGUCUGCCGCACGGGCAAUGCCAACCCGCACAAGGGCGCCAUCAACUUUGACAACAUCGGCUAUGCCUGGAUUGUGAUCUUCCAGGUGAUCACGCUGGAAGGCUGGGUGGAGAUCAUGUACUACGUGAUGGAUGCACACUCUUUCUACAACUUCAUCUACUUCAUCCUGCUCAUCAUAGUGGGCUCCUUCUUCAUGAUCAACCUGUGCCUCGUUGUCAUAGCGACCCAGUUCUCGGAGACCAAGCAACGGGAGCACCGGCUGAUGCUGGAGCAGCGCCAGCGCUACCUGUCCUCCAGCACGGUGGCCAGUUACGCCGAGCCUGGCGAUUGCUAUGAGGAGAUCUUCCAGUAUGUCUGUCACAUCCUUCGCAAGGCCAAACGCCGUGCCCUGGGCCUCUACCAGGCCGUGCAGAACCGGCGUCAGGCCACAGGCUCGGGGACACAGGCCCCUGCUAAGCCUGGGCCCCAUGCCAAGGAGCCCAGCCACCGCAAGCUGUGCCCACGACACAGUCCCCUGGACCCCACGCCCCACACUCUGGUGCAGCCCAUCUCUGCUCUUCUGACCUCUGACCCUAGUAGUUGCCCACGCUGCCAGCAUGAGGCAGGCAGGCGGCCCUCGGGCCCGGGCAGCACAGACUCAGGCCAGGAAGGCUCUGGCUCUGGUGGCUCCGCGGAGGCUGAAGCCGACGGGGAUGGACCCCAGAGCAGUGAGGAUGGGGCCUCCUCAGGCUUGGGGAAGGAAGAGAAGCAGGAGGACGGAGCAGCCCGACUGUGUGGUGAUGUGUGGAGAGAGACACGAGCCAAGCUGCGGGGCAUCGUGGACAGCAAGUACUUCAACAGAGGCAUCAUGAUGGCCAUCCUGGUCAACACUGUCAGCAUGGGCAUCGAGCACCAUGAACAGCCUGAGGAGCUGACCAACAUUCUGGAGAUCUGUAAUGUCGUCUUCACCAGCAUGUUUGCCCUGGAGAUGAUCCUGAAGCUGGCUGCCUUUGGGCUCUUCGACUACCUGCGAAACCCUUACAACAUCUUUGACAGCAUCAUUGUCAUCAUCAGCAUCUGGGAAAUCGUGGGACAGGCAGACGGAGGCCUGUCGGUGCUGCGCACCUUCCGGCUGCUGCGGGUGCUGAAGCUGGUGCGCUUCAUGCCGGCGCUGCGGCGCCAGCUCGUGGUGCUCAUGAAGACCAUGGACAACGUGGCCACCUUCUGCAUGCUGCUCAUGCUCUUCAUCUUCAUCUUCAGCAUCCUUGGGAUGCAUAUCUUUGGCUGCAAAUUCAGCCUCCGCACGGACACUGGAGACACAGUUCCUGACAGGAAGAACUUUGACUCCUUACUGUGGGCCAUUGUCACAGUGUUCCAGAUCCUCACGCAGGAGGACUGGAACGUUGUCCUCUACAAUGGCAUGGCCUCCACCACUCCAUGGGCCUCCCUCUACUUUGUUGCCCUCAUGACCUUUGGCAAUUAUGUACUCUUCAAUCUCCUGGUGGCCAUCUUGGUAGAGGGCUUCCAGGCUGAGGGUGAUGCUAAUCGCUCCUACUCUGACGAGGACCAGAGUUCAUCCAACAUGGAGGAGUUUGACAAGCUCCCAGAGGGCCUGGACAGUAGCGGGGAUCUCAAGCUCUGCCCCAUACCUAUGACACCCAAUGGACAUCUGGACCCUAGCCUCCCCCUAGGUGGGCAUCUGGGUCCUGCUGGUGCCAUGGGCCCUGCCCCUCGCCUCUCACUGCAGCCAGACCCGGUACUGGUGGCCCUUGACUCCCGCAAAAGCAGUGUCAUGUCAUUGGGCAGGAUGAGCUACGACCAGCGUUCCUUGUCCAGCUCCCGGAGCUCCUACUAUGGGCCCUGGGGACGUAGCGGGACCUGGGCCAGCCGCCGCUCCAGCUGGAACAGCCUGAAGCACAAGCCACCCUCAGCUGAGCACGAGUCCCUGCUGUCGGGGGAGCAUGGUGGCAGCUGCGCCAGGGCCUGUGAGGGUGCCCGGGAGGAGGCGCCAUGCCACACGGCACCCUUGCAUGCCCCACAUGCCCACCAUGCUCACCAUGGACCCCACCUUGCACACCGUCACCGCCACCACCGCCGGACGCUGUCCCUCGAUACCAGAGACUCGGUGGACCUGGCAGAGCUGGUGCCCGUGGUGGGCGCUCACUCGCGGACUGUUUGGAGGGCAGCGGGGCAGACUCCGGGGCAUGAGGAUUGCAAUGGCAGAAUGCCCAACAUCGCCAAGGAUGUCUUCACCAAGAUGGAUGACCGCCGCGACCGUGGAGAAGACGAGGAGGAGAUCGACUACACCCUGUGUUUCCGGGUCCGCAAGAUGAUUGAUGUCUACAAGCCUGACUGGUGUGAAGUCCGUGAGGAUUGGUCCGUCUACCUCUUCUCUCCUGAGAACAAGUUCCGGAUCCUCUGUCAGACCAUCAUUGCUCACAAGCUCUUUGACUACGUGGUCUUGGCCUUCAUCUUCCUCAACUGCAUCACCAUUGCUCUGGAGAGGCCUCAGAUUGAAGCCGGGAGCACUGAGCGCAUCUUCCUCACGGUGUCUAACUACAUCUUCACAGCCAUCUUCGUGGGCGAGAUGACACUGAAGGUGGUUUCUCUGGGCCUGUACUUCGGCGAGCAGGCGUACUUACGCAGCAGCUGGAAUGUACUGGAUGGCUUCCUGGUCUUUGUGUCCAUCAUUGAUAUCGUGGUAUCUGUGGCCUCCGCGGGGGGAGCCAAGAUUCUGGGAGUCCUCCGGGUCCUGCGACUCCUACGCACCUUACGUCCUUUGAGGGUCAUUAGCCGGGCCCCUGGCUUGAAGCUGGUGGUAGAGACGCUCAUCUCCUCCCUUAAACCCAUCGGCAACAUCGUGCUUAUCUGCUGUGCCUUCUUCAUCAUCUUCGGCAUCCUGGGGGUGCAGCUGUUCAAGGGAAAGUUCUACCACUGUCUGGGAGUGGACACCCGCAACAUCACCAACAGAUCUGACUGCGUGGCCGCCAACUAUCGCUGGGUGCAUCACAAGUACAACUUUGACAACCUGGGCCAGGCUCUGAUGUCCCUCUUUGUCUUGGCCUCCAAGGAUGGCUGGGUGAACAUCAUGUAUAAUGGAUUGGAUGCUGUUGCCGUGGACCAGCAGCCUGUGACCAACCACAACCCCUGGAUGCUGCUGUACUUCAUCUCCUUCCUGCUCAUCGUCAGCUUCUUCGUGCUCAACAUGUUCGUGGGCGUGGUGGUGGAGAACUUCCACAAAUGCCGGCAGCACCAGGAGGCGGAAGAGGCCCGGAGGCGCGAGGAGAAGCGGCUAAGGCGCCUGGAGAAGAAGCGCCGUAAGGCCCAGAGGCUGCCCUACUAUGCCACAUACUGUCCCACAAGGCUGCUCAUCCACUCCAUGUGUACCAGCCACUACCUGGACAUCUUCAUCACCUUCAUCAUCUGCCUCAACGUGGUCACCAUGUCCCUGGAGCACUACAACCAGCCUACAUCCCUGGAGACAGCCCUCAAGUACUGCAACUACAUGUUUACCACUGUCUUUGUGCUGGAGGCUGUGCUGAAGCUGGUGGCAUUUGGCCUAAGGCGUUUCUUCAAGGACCGAUGGAACCAGCUGGACCUGGCCAUUGUGCUACUGUCCGUCAUGGGCAUUACACUGGAGGAGAUUGAGAUCAAUGCAGCUCUGCCCAUCAACCCCACCAUCAUCCGUAUCAUGCGUGUUCUGCGCAUCGCCCGGGUGUUGAAGCUGUUGAAGAUGGCCACAGGAAUGCGGGCCCUACUGGACACAGUGGUACAGGCUCUGCCCCAGGUGGGCAACCUGGGCCUCCUCUUCAUGCUCCUCUUCUUCAUCUAUGCCGCCUUGGGAGUGGAGCUCUUUGGGAAGCUGGUCUGCAACGAUGAGAACCCAUGUGAGGGCAUGAGCCGGCACGCUACCUUCGAGAACUUCGGCAUGGCCUUCCUGACGCUCUUCCAGGUCUCCACGGGCGAUAACUGGAAUGGAAUCAUGAAGGACACUCUGCGAGACUGCACCCAUGAUGAGCGCAGCUGCCUCAGCAGCCUGCAGUUCGUGUCGCCGCUGUACUUUGUGAGCUUUGUGCUCACGGCUCAGUUCGUGCUCAUCAACGUGGUGGUUGCUGUGCUCAUGAAACACCUGGACGAUAGCAACAAGGAGGCCCAGGAGGACGCGGAGAUGGAUGCUGAAAUCGAGCUGGAGAUGGCCCAUGGCCUGGGCCCUGGCCCUAGCCCCGGCCCGUGUCCCUGUCCUGGCCCGAGGCUGCCCACUAACUCACCAGGAGCCCCCAGUCGUGGAUCAGGAGGGCCGGGCGUUGGGGGUGACACCGAGGGUCACCUGUGCCGGCACUGCUACUCUCCAGCCCAGGAGACCCUGUGGCUGGACAGCGUCUCUUUAAUCAUCAAGGACUCCUUGGAGGGGGAGCUGACCAUCAUUGACAACCUGUCUGGCUCCAUCUUCCACCACUACUCCUCACCUGCUGGCUGUGACAAGUGUCACCAUGACAAGCAAGAGGUGCAGCUGGCUGAGACAGAGGCCUUCUCCCUGAACUCAGACAGGUCCUCGUCCAUCCUGCUGGGGGAUGACCUGAGUCUUGAGGACCCCACAGCCUGCCCACAGGGCCCCAAGGAGAGCAAGGGUGAGCUAGAGCCUCCGGAGGAGCCCUUGCAGGCAGGAGAUCUGGAUGAAUGCUUUUUCCCCUUUGCCAGUGCGCCAGUGUCUGCAGGCCCAGAGAGCCUGCAGUGUGAGAUGGAGGCCAUCCCGUUCAAUCCCGUCCAGUCCUGGCUCAAACACGAGAGCAGCCAAGCAUCGAGUCCCUUCUCCCCGGAUGCCUCCAGCCCUCUCCUGCAGAUGCCUGCUGAGUUCUUCCACCCUGCUGUGUCUGCCAGCCAGAAGGGACAGGAACCGGGCAUGAGUACAGGGACCCUGCCCAAGAUCGCCCUUCAGGGCUCCUGGGCAUCCCUGAGGUCUCCGAGUGUCAAUUGCACCCUCUUGCGUCAGGCUACUGUCAGUGACACAUCACUGGAUGCCAGCCCUAGCAGCUCAGCGGGCAGCCUGCAGACCACAUUGGAGGACAGUCUGACACUGAGUGACAGUCCCCGGCAUGCCCUGGGACCGCCGGUCCAGGUGCCAGGGCCAUGUGCUGGCCUGUCACCGGCCACCCGGCGCCGCCUCAGCCUAAGGGGCCGUGGCUUGUUUAGUCUGCGUGGGUUGAGAGCCCAUCAGCGCAGCCACAGCAGCGGGGGCUCCACCAGUCCUGGGUGCACCCACCACGACUCCAUGGACCCCUCUGAUGAGGAGGGCCGCGGGGGUGCAAGCGGUGGGGGUGCAGGCAGUGAGCACUCCGAGACCCUCAGCAGCCUGUCGCUCACGUCUCUCUUCUGUCCACCACCCACGCUGCCACCCCCGGGCCUCACCCCCGCCAGGAAGUUCAGCAGUACCAGCAGCCUAGCUGCUGGACCUGGCCGUCCUGGCACCACAGUCUCAGCCCGCGGCCUGGCCAGGAGCCCAUCAUGGGCUGCAGACCGCAGCAAGGACCCACCAGGUCAGGCCCAGCUGGCCUCAGGCUUGGGUUCCUCAGCACCUGAGCCACAGCCACCUCCUGGGAAGCUGGAGUCAACCGAUGCUGCAAGCAAGAGGAAAAGAUGA